AUGCAUUUUCUGCUCUUCAGAGGCUUUCAGACACAGGAAAAGCAACUUACCGAAUGGAUUCUCAUUCAGGACGCCUUGGGCCUUCCUCCCACUCACUCGCAGAUCAGGCAGUUCGCGCAGCGCAUGCUCGCCGUCAAAGGAGACCACACACCGCUCGGAAAACACUGGAUGCAAGCAUUUUUAAGACGAAAUCCUGCAGUUCGACCCAGAAGUGCCAUCACAGAGACUCUGAGCGUGUCAACGGCGCUUCUACCGAGGUACAACAUGGAUGAAGCAGGCAUCAUGGAAGGACUUGGGGAGAAUGGCCUGGUCGUUGGCAGUGCUGAAAACGAUCUGUACAAAAGAAGACGCCUGGUUCUCGGGUCUGGACGUCGUUCAUCGAGUCGGAUUUCUCAGCCUCCUGACCGAUUCAAGCCCAGUCGGCAAGCAAAACUUUCUUUCCUGCUACCAGAAAGCACGCGAGCAAGCGCUCACUGUGUCAAACAUCAAGGGUGGCUGGAAAGCGACGGGUUUGUGGCCGGUGUCGAUGGCGAAGCCACUUUGAGCCCUCUUCUGCUGGAGAACAGCAACAGACGCAAAAAGAACGCGAAAAAUGUGGCCAAUGCAUUCAAUAGCCACUUACCCACCAGUGACUGGCAAUCAGACACAUCCCAGAUUGCGUGGUCGACCCCGAGGCGCUCGCAAGAUCUGAAGGUUCAGGUAGUUCAAUUCAACCAGCUAGACGACGACGUGCCCACGAAGAGAUUGCUGUUCAGGAAGAUCACAAAAGGGUUUGACGAGAAGGAUGGCCUUUUAGCAAAAGCUCAAUUGCAGAUUCAGGCACUGGAAACACAAUUGGCGGCCGUCAAGCCGAAAAAAAAGGAAGAGGGUGGUCACGAGCCCGAAUUCGAGGUUCGCCAAUAUUGA